CUCCAUCUGGUCUUCCACGUCUCCCUCCUCGAGCCAUAUCAACCUCCCGCCAACAUCCUUCAUCACUCGCCUGCACAUCCUGCACAUAUCGAGCUCCAGUCCGAUCUUUCACAGAUCAAGACGUUCCUCGACUGUCGCAAGGUCGGGUGCCAGUAUGACUAUUUCAUACAUUGGAAGGACCAGCCAGUUUCCGAGCGAUCUUGGGUCGCUCUCUCUGACAUUCCUUCCUCACUCAAUGAGCAGCUCAACCGGUUCCACCGCUGGCACCCAACGCUGCCU